ACAUUGUUUCACGCCGAAGCUGGCAGCCAUUUUUCUUUAAAGCUGCAUUAAGGUGCUGCGGCUCCGUAUUUGACAUAGUUUUGGUGAUUUAUUUUUGUGUUUUUUUUGGGAAUACUCGGUGAGAGGGGACUUCCCGCCAUCAUGUCCGACUUCGUGGAAAGUGAGGCCGAGGAGUCCGAGGAAGAGUACGACGACGAAGGCGACGUCCAGCCCAAAAGGACGAAGAAGUUUGUGGAAGUCGAUGAUGAAGAAGAGGAGGAGGAAGAGGAAAACCCAGAGGAGCAGGACGAGCACGGGAACCUGCUGGGGCUGAUCGAUGACGACGUGGAGGAGGAGGAGGACGACGACGACGAAGGGGAGGGGGCGGGGGACAGCGACUCCGGGGAGGAGAUCGGCCACAGGAAGCGCAAACGCAGUUUCGAUGAUCGCUUGGAUGACGAUGAUAUUGAUCUCAUCGAGGAGAACUUGGGAGUGAAAGUCAAGAGGGUAAUGCUCAAAGAUGUCCAGUCUAUCGAGGAGCUGAGCGAUGUGUAUAACCACUUCCUUCUGUACUACGGCCGCGACAUCCCCAAAAUGCAAAAUGCUGCCAAAGCCAACAAAAAGAAGCUGAAGAAAAUCAAAGAGGUCUCGGAAGAAGAUGGUGAGCAGGAUAUUGAGGCUGAGGAGCAGGAGGAAGAGGAGCAGAAGGGGCCAGAUCUGAAGCUGGCCUCCCGCAGGGACAUGUACAGCAUCUGUCAGAGCGCCGGGCUGGACGGUCUGGCUAAGAAGUUUGGUCUGACCCCGGAGCAGUUUGGGGAGAACCUGCGGGACAGCUACCAGCGCCACGAGACGGAGCAGUUCCCCGCCGAGCCGCUGGAGCUGGCCAAAGACUACGUCUGCAGUCAGUUCUCGGUGCCGGAGGCGGUGCUGGAGGGGACCCGCUACAUGGUGGCCAUGCAGAUCGCCAGGGAGCCGCUGGUCAGACACGUGCUCCGGCAGACCUUCCAGGAGAGAGCGAAGAUCAACAUCAAGCCCACCAAGAAAGGCAAGAAGGAUGUAGAUGAAGCCCACUAUGCCUAUUCCUUCAAAUACCUGAAGAACAAGCCUGUGAAGGAGCUGAAUGGUGACCAGUUCCUGAAGAUGUGCUUGGCUGAAGACGAGGGGCUGUUAACCAUAGACAUCUGCAUCGAUCUGAUGGGAGUAAAGGGGUACGGCAGCGACCAGACGUACUUUGACGAGAUCAAGCAGUUUUACUACCGAGAUGAGUUCAGCCACCAGGUGCAGGAGUGGAACCGCCAGCGAACCCUGGCCAUCGAGCGCUCGCUCAAGCAGUUCCUGUACCCGCAGAUGGCCAAGGAGCUGAAGAACAAGCUCAUGGCGGAGGCCAAGGAGAACAUUAUCAAGGGCUGCAGCCGGAAGCUGUACAACUGGCUCAAGGUGGCGCCGUACCGCCCUGACCAGCAGGUGGAGGAGGACGAUGACCUCAUGGACGAGAACCAGGGCAAGGGCAUCCGUGUGCUGGGGGUGGCCUUCGCAGCCGGCAGGGACACUCCAGUGUUCUGUUCCCUCGUCAACGGCGAUGGCGAAGUCGUCGAUUUCCUGCGCCUGCCUUACUUCCUGAAGAGGCGAAACGCUUGGCGAGAGGAAGAGAGAGAGAAAAAGAUGCAAGAUAUCGAAAACCUGAAGAAGUUCCUCGUCAGCAAGAAGCCUCAUGUGAUCGCCGUUGCCGGGGAAAACAGGGACGCCCACAUGAUCAUCGAAGACAUCAAGCGUGUGGUGAGCGAGCUGGAGCAGGAGAUGUCCCUGCCCUCCAUCGGAGUGGAGCUGGUGGACAACGAGCUGGCGGUGCUCUACAUGAACAGCAAGAAGUCAGAGGUGGAUUUCCGGGACUAUCCCCCGUUGCUCCGCCAAGCGGUGUCCAUCGCCCGGAAGAUCCAGGAUCCUCUGGUGGAGUACGCUCAGGUGUGCAGCACCGACGAGGACAUACUGUGCCUCAAGAUGCAUCCUCUGCAGGAGCACGUCGUGAAGGAGGACCUUCUGAACGCGCUGUACUGCGAGUUCAUCAACCGGGUCAACGAGGUGGGCGUGGACGUGAACAGAGCCAUAGCCCACCCCUACACCCAGAGCCUGGUGCAGUACGUGUGCGGACUGGGGCCCAGGAAGGGCUCCCACCUGCUCAAGAUCCUCAAGCAGAACAACACCCGUCUGGAGAACAGGACCCAGCUUGUCACCAUGUGUCACAUGGGCCCGAAAGUGUUCAUCAACUGCGCCGGCUUUAUCAAAAUCGACACGGCAUCUUUAGGAGACAGCACGGACUCCUACAUCGAGGUGCUGGACGGCUCGCGGGUGCACCCCGAGACGUACGAGUGGGCGCGGAAGAUGGCGGUGGACGCGCUGGAGUACGACGAGUCGGCCGAAGACGCCAACCCGGCGGGGGCCCUGGAGGAGAUCCUGGAGAACCCGGAGAGGCUGAAGGAUCUGGAUCUGGACGCCUUCGCCGAGGAGCUGGAGAGACAGGGCUAUGGUAACAAGGGUAUCACUCUGUAUGAUAUCCGUGCCGAGCUGAGCUGCAGGUACAAGGACCUGAGAGCCCCUUAUCGGCCUCCAAACACAGAGGAGGUCUUCAACCUGCUGACUAAGGAGACGCCAGAGACCUUCUAUAUCGGAAAACUCAUUACCAGUGUGGUGACGGGCAUAGCUCACCGGCGGCCGCAGGGCGAGAGCUACGACCAGGCCAUCCGGAACGACGAGACCGGGCUGUGGCAGUGCCCCUUCUGCCAGCAGGACAACUUUCCUGAGCUGAGCGAGGUCUGGAAUCACUUCGACAGCGGCUCAUGUCCCGGCCAGGCCAUCGGGGUGAGGACACGCAUGGAUAACGGGGUCAUGGGGUUCAUCCCCACCAAGUUCUUGAGCGACAAAGUGGUCAAGCACCCUGAAGAGCGAGUCAAGGUUGGGAUGACAGUCCACUGCCGGAUAAUGAAGAUUGACAUCGAGAAGUUCAGCGUGGACCUCACCUGCAGGACGUCGGACCUCAUGGACAAGAACAACGAGUGGAAGCUGCCCAAGGACACGUACUAUGACUUUGACGCCGAGGCCGAGGACCUGAAGCAGGAGGAGGAGGCCAAGAAGAAACAGCAGCGCACGACCUAUAUCAAGAGGGUGAUUGCCCAUCCGUCCUUCCAUAACAUCAACUUCAAGCAGGCAGAAAAGAUGAUGGAGACCAUGGACCAGGGAGACGUCAUCAUCCGGCCCAGCAGCAAGGGAGAGAACCACCUGACCGUCACCUGGAAGGUGGCUGAAGGCAUUUAUCAGCACGUGGAUGUGAGGGAGGAGGGCAAGGAGAACGCCUUCAGCCUGGGGCACACGCUCUGGAUCAACAAUGAGGAGUUUGAAGAUCUUGACGAAAUCACCGCGCGCUACGUCCAGCCCAUGGCGUCGUUUGCGCGGGAUCUUCUCGGACACAAAUAUUUCCAAGACUGUAACGGCGGAGACAGAAAGAAAAUGGAAGAGCUGCUGGUCAAGGCGAAGAAAGAAAAGCCUACAUUUAUCCCCUAUUAUGUCUCUGCCUGUAAAGAGUUGCCAGGAAAGUUUCUGCUAGGAUACCAGCCUCGCGGGAAGCCAAGGAUCGAGUUUGUGACCGUGACACCUGAUGGCUUCAGGUACAGAUCGCAGAUAUUCCCCACAGUGAAUGGGCUGUUCCGCUGGUUCAAGGACCACUAUCACGACCCGGUGCCAGGUAUCACACCAAGCAGCAGCAGCAGAACCCGAACUCCAGCCUCCAUUGGUGCAACGCCAGCUAAUAUUAACAUAGCAGACCUGACCCGCGCCGUCAGCGCUCUGCCCCAGAACAUGACGUCCCAGAUGUUCAGCGCCAUCGCCGCGGUCACGGGGCAGAACCAGAACCCCAACGCCACGCCGGCGCAGUGGGCGUCCAGCCAGUACGGCUACAGCGGGGGCAGCAGCGGGGGGGGCGGCGGCAGCAGCGCCUACCACGUGUUCGCCACCCCGGCCCAGCAGCCCAUUGCCACUCCCCUGAUGACCCCCAGCUACUCCUACACGACCCCCAGCCAGCAGGCCAUGACCACGCCCCAGUACCCCAGCAGCGCCACGCCCCAGUCCUCCCAUGGGCAUGCCUCGUCGUCCUCCUCCACCACCUCCUCCUCCCGGCACCGGCAGCAGCCCAAGACCAGCAGCCACACGGCCGUGGACUGGGGCAAGAUGGCGGAGCAGUGGCUGCAGGAGAAGGAGGCGGAGAGGCGGAAACAGAAGACGAGGGUGACCCCCAGACCCUCGCCCAGCCCCAUGAUCGAGAGCACGCCCAUGUCCAUCGCCGGGGACGCCACGCCCCUGCUGGACGAGAUGGACCGAUAGGCCGGUGCGGUCUGAGGCCUCCCAGCCCUUCCUCUCCCUGGGCUCCGUCUCCCGGUUUUCAUUCUCCGAUUGGGAGUGCAGCCCAGCAACUCCUUGGUUUUAUGAUGAGUCUGGAAAUAGUUGACUGAGGGUGAGACUCUUGCAGAAAUUGCCAGCCGACAGACCUGAAGGAAAUGGACCUGCUAAAGAUGUUUGACUGGCAAUUUGGGCCCUGACUUCUGAGGGGAGCCUUUCCUUUUUUUUUUAUUAGCGGGGAAACACGGCCAAUUUGAGCAGCCCGGAGACUUACAGCAAGCUUUACAGUGCUGCAGCUCGAGUACACCUUCAGCUUAGUCCGCUGUCAGCCUGGGCUCAUGGGAAUCGUACCGGAAAGCAAUGCAAACACCCCACACGCUUUUCCCAAAAGCAGCCCUCUCUGCCGUCUGUAUGCAUGCCUCAAAACGAAUAAAGUGUUUUCCCGUUUGACCUAAGUCUUUGCUCUGACAACCAACGGCCGUGAAUUGGCUUUAAAUCGCUCUCCGCUACUUGCGAUGUAAGCGUCCCCCCUUCCGUCAGUUAUGCUGCUCUUUCCACUCUGGACUUCAGCUUUAGAGAUCAGUCACUACUUUGAGCUUUUAAUUUAUGGACAUCACUGCUCCCUGGGGCCCGGCUCAGGUGGGCUCUGCCCCUGUCAUGUCACCACAGUUCACAGGGAGAGCAGUGCAGAGAGCCAGAAAGGAAGAAAAGUAAGGAUUAACUUUGUUGCAUUUUUUUUAGUGCCCGUUUGUAUUUUUAAUGUGUUAUUCCAGCUUAUUAAUUUUAUUAAAAUUGCUCCCGUCACUGAGCUGAGACUAAUACGUUUGUAUAAAAACAAAUUAUAACUGCAGAUCCUUUAUAUCAAAGUGACAUGGCACUGGUUGACCUCUUUGUUCAGCUGAUCACACUGCAGCCCAUUGGGGGAAUGAACAUUCACUAGCAUUUCUCCUCUCGGGGAGUUUUUCUGUAGAGAUCGGAAACCGUUAAUUUAUAUUUCUGUUAGCCGAUUGAUAGAAGGUCUCGGCGGACUGCAAUCGCGUGGCUAUCAUGGAAAUUGUGAAAUGAGAUCAGUCACAAAUGUAAUAACCUUUCAAAUAAAUUGGAGCACUUGGUGAAA